AUGUGGUCGUCGGCCCUCCCUCGCCACGGCUGCCUCCGGUCACACUUCCCUCUGCAGCUAUCGUCCCCAGCAGCGGCACCACCCCGUCCCUGCGCCAUAGCUCUCAGGAUUAGCUCAUCCCGCGGCCUCCCCUCAGAGCCGCCCGCAUCUUUUUCCUUCCGCUCCUCCUACUCCUCCCUCGAGGUCAUCGGUGGCGCCGCCGGUGCGCUGCUCCACGGAGCCGCGGGUGGCCAGGGCCUACGGUUGACGCCGUACGACGUCUUCCCCAUCCUGGGGUGGAACAAUCACCUGGAGACCAUUUUCGCUGCAUUCUUUCGAUCCGUUCCCGAAGUGUGCCUCCGGAGGGAGUGCAUCCGGACGAUUGAUGACGGUUCGGUGGCUCUUGACUGGUGCUGCGGCGACUCUCGGUUACUUCCCGCUGACGCACCCGUGCUCAUCCUGCUGGUUCAUCUCAACUUUCAUGGCUCUGUCUGUUAUUGGGUUUACUUUGAGUUUCUUCAUCGUAGUAGAGUUUGAUGAUUUGCUUUUGCAUGCAGCCGGGCCUUACGGGAGGGAGUGGGGAUUCUUAUGUGAGACACAUGUUAUUGAAGGCGCGGAGCAAAGGUUGGCGGGUUGUAGUGUUUAACAGUAGAGGCUGCGGCGAUAGCCCUGUCACGACAGCUCAAGUAUGUGGACCCUUCUUGCGUAUGCCUGCCUGACUUCUCUGUUAUUUCACUUCGUGUAUUUUUCGAGACGAAGGCACAGCUGGGAUUUCCCACAUAUCUGGAUUUUGCUUAUCUAUGAAUGGAUGUUUAUGAGUCAUGUUUUUAGAAUGAACGUUGGGACGCCGACUUGAUUUGGUCCCAUUUCUGACGAAAGUCUCUUGAAAUCCUGACUUUCUCUGAACUUCUGUAUAGAGGGCAUCUUAUGUACCGGAACUCCUUUAGUUCCUCUUCUUAGUCCCUUAAUGUGGCUGCUAAUUCUCUUGAUGGCCUUAUCUUGAUGCAUCAGAUAAUUUUCUUCUCUCCGUUUGGAAUAAAAGAUGGCCACACACUGGCGUUGUGCAUGAACACUGUUUUAGAAUCAUCUAUUCCAACGUAAAUACAGAUAUUGAUGCUACACUCCUGAUUCUAUCUCAGUAAUCUAUCAAAACCAAUUCCUGUUGACUAUAACAAAAAUAUUGUGCAAUUAUCCAUUUCCCAACAAGAAAACAGACAUCCUUUUGUAUCAUAAGAAAAGUAUGAGGAAAACAUCACUGACACAUGAUCUGUCAACGUGUUAGAUCACCUUCUUAUGACAAAUUGAAAGCUCUGGAGAGAAAAAUAUUUCUUUCAUCCAUUCUACAUAAAAAAAUAUUGCUUUCAUGACCUUCCAAAUUUUCUUCAAUCUACAAGUUAUCUAAUGAUAAGGUAUCUUUAUUUAUCCCUAUUGGAUACUCAUUUAAGUUUUAUGAAAUCUUCAUCUAUGUUUUUUUUGCAAAUAGCCAUAAUCCACAAGGUAGUGGUAAGUUUUGGCUGGUCAGUCACUCUAUAUCUUACAAUUUUACCAUUGAUUUUGUUCCACUGAAAAACAACCGCCUUUGUAAAAAUCUCCCAUGUGACCCUUAUUUUCUUAUAAUGAACGCAAAGCAUGAUCGAUACUUUCAAAUGUCACAGAGAAAACAUCUGAAUGCAGCUUCUGUUCAAAGAUUCUUAUUCUAUUUCCUAUUGCCAACGUUAGGCGAGGUACUUUAUAGAGACGAAUUGUGAUUUUCUUUGAUAGUUUCCCCUGUAGAAGUUCUUACACCACUCUACAUCCACUGCCUUCACCAGUAUCAACAGAUGCUCUUACUGAGAAGUGCUGCUUGGGCAGUGAUUUUUGAAUUUUUGAUCAAUAGAGUUAUUGUUUAUUUAAGUUUAGCAAUUCAAUUCUACAUCAUCGAGAUAUCCUCAGGUUCAUCAUCAGUAAUCCCCCUUGUGAUUUGGAAGGCCAUUCCUGGUAACCCAAAAGUUAUGUUGAUCUAAUAACGUAAUCCUGGAGGUGAACGGAAUCAGUACGUUCAUAAGUCAGGCCCUUCAUAUAUCUGGACUAAACAGCUUUUAAAUUCACAAGGAGUUUGGAGUACCAACAAAAUAUACUCAAUACUUAAAAAUGGGUACUUUUUUUGGAUUUCUCAAAUAAAUGCCUUGGUACUCUUAAGAUUAUUGCAGUAAAGCUCCUUAUGAAUCAUUCAUGUCAACUCAGUAGCACGCACUGUGGCAACACAUCCCCUGGUUGCUGUUUGCUGGUUUUUCUGUCAUCCAAUCAGCAAAAAUCGAAUUACAUCAGCAAGCACUUUGCUUUUAUUCAGAUCUAUUCCAUUCUUCCUGCUCCAGGGAUGAUCUUGCUUCUUUUUCCUUCAUUUGGCUACUUUGAUGUUCCAGUCUAACUUUUAAAAGUCCGUAGCUAUUUGGACCAUAGUGGCCUUGUGAAUGCAAAUCAACAUUCUAGCUGUUCAUGCUAAAUUUUUUAGCUUCUUAAUUUUGGACUCUUGUUUUUAAAAAAUCUGCUCAAGGCCGGAUAGUUCAGUCACUUAAAAACACAAUGAUAAUGAUUAUUGAAUAUUUACAUCAAUUGAGAUGAAUCAUAUCGGUUUAAAACAAUCCAUGAAACGCAUUUUUUGUUUUAUGUCAAUAAAUACCAUUUUGAUCUAUAUCUUCAUGUUCGUUUCUGUAGCCUCUAAAUUUUUAUAUACUGAUCCUGAUUCUGUUUAACUAUAUCUGUACCUUGGUUUGGUACAGUAUGCCUGUCUUCCAUCCACAUAGUCAGAUCAUGUCACACGUGCUGGGCAGUAUUCUUUUCGCACCCUAAUAGUGUUUUAAUUUUUUCAAAAAGUAUAGGUACUAUGAUGCUAUUCACAAGAGAGUUUGCUGAGAAUAAUCAUGAGCUCGUUAUCACCAAGGACAGUUUGAUAUAGAUUUCGAGCUUGUUGUAUUUUUCCAAUCCUUGUGAAUUAAAAAGAAAAAAAAGUUAAAAUUAAUGGCGAUGACGGAAAGAGACUGAAGUUAGAGACAAGUUCGAGGGUAGAUGAAAGUAGUAGAAGAAAAGCAUAGUGGGAUGGGUUGGCACUUUCAACUUCUGGCAUUGACGUGUAGCAGAAGAUGGUUCACUGGAAGCAGCUGGUGGUUGUGGCACUGCAGCCUCUUGUUAUAUGAAAAGAGUGUACUAAUAAAGACUCAAGAUUGAAACAGUACACUAAGAUGGAUAGUCAUGCUUAAAUGGUUUCUGCAGUCAAGUAUAUUGCCAUGAAUAUGGAUGCAUAGCUUGUUUGGAGCAGAGGCUAGCCGAGGGAACUAGCAACAAUGUCUCUCCACUGAUGGGGUGGCUUCAAUGGUGGACCAUUUUUUAUUUAUAAUAAAGUCAAAACUUUACUAGUCAGUUGUUAAAUCCAUAUUGCAUUCAAUCAGUGUUCUCCACCUUGUAGAAUCAUUUUUUGAAUUGUAUAGUUAUGCACAUUUCCUUCUCGACCUUCCUUUAAGGGACUAAAAUGCUAGAAGUCGCAUGACCAAAAUUUUGAAAAUAUAUUCAUAAUUUAUUAAACAUCUCUUGUGCUGAAGUUUUAUUUUGGUCAUCCAACUAAUUCAUACUUUUAUUUCUAAAAUUGGGAUUGUUUUUCUUAUGUUGGAUACUGAACUUCUAAAAUUGAAGAUAUUUAUGCAUACUUCUUAUGUUGAAGAUAUUUUGUAAUCUAAAAUUUCAGUUUUGAAUUUUCUUACUCUUUUGUUGUCAAGGACAUUUGAGAUUGUUGACUAGAUGAACGAGUGAUUUACUUUAGUCAAGUUAUCAAUUCUUUAGCCAAUUACUUUAAACCGAAGCUCAAUGGUAACAUACAUGUCAUAUGUUCGUGUUACAAGGUUAUAUGUGGUUUGUUGUGCAUUUUAGAUGGUCAUUCUUGUCCCCCCUAUGAAAAUGAUAUUUGAUAUAAUAGAAUUUUGUAUGAAUAAAUUACUAUUUUUCAUAUACAUCCAUGUUCUUUGUGCAGUUUUAUUCAGCCUCUUUUACUCGGGAUCUUUCUGAAGUAAUAAAUCAUGUUUCAUCACGUUAUCCCAAGUCAAAAAUAUAUGCAGUUGGCUGGUCACUUGGUGCUAACAUUCUUGUUCGAUAUCUUGGUCAGGUGAGCCAUACAGUUUCUUUUCUAUAGAUUGGUGGUGUCAAUGAAACGUCUUUAUGACUGGUUGGUUACAAUAUAUUUUACAAUCCUUUGAUGAACAUAAAUUGAUUUCUUUCCGACUUUUGAGCUAUUAUCUUAUUUUUCGUGUUUAUUCAACUUUUGUUAGGUAAACCAGUAGACUGAUGGAAUAAAGGAUCGCAAGUUUGUGGAUACUAGUAAAGUUAUGAUUUGUUUUUGAUACAUAAUGCUUGCACGAAAAAUUUAUGCUUGAGUUAUUCGAUUGUAGUCCACUCCUGGGUAUUUGUUCACAUCGUUCAGGAUCCUAAUAAUCGUAUUUUAUCUUCAUUAUAUUUUGAAUAUAUUUUUUCAUUGAAAUCCAUCGACUCAUAUGCAGUGGUCAGGACCUUGACUGUGCCGACAGGAUUACUUGACUGUCUAAUUUUCGACCGUUGAAGAUGAUGAAGUUUUAUGUCUUCAUGCAUUUCAGGAAAUGAGAGAAUUAAUCCGUGAAAAGAAUUAUGUUUUGAUGUGGAAAGAAUCUUGACGCAAAGAAUUUUGAUGUGGAAAUUUAUGAUGGAAUUUAACUGUCACAGUAGCAAAAAGUAAUUCGCUCUUCUGUUUUCGUGGGAUUUUUGAAAGCUGGUAUCAAUUUGGAAACUAUUUUUAGGAUUAUCAAAAAUAGAUUAGAAAAUCUAUCAAUUUAUUGGCACUCGAAAUUCGAAUGUUUUGAUUUAUCUACUGAUCCCAUCUAAGACACUGAAAGACUUGUAGAACCACCGAAUCAGCAGAUCAGACAAGAAAUUUAUUUUCAGUCUUCAUGAUAAGUCUGAUUGCUUGAACAGAGCAGUCUGACAUGUAGUGCGCUAAUAGCUGGACAACCUAGCUGUGAGGAUCUCUACUUAUGUAGUGCGUUAAUAGUCUGAGAUGGUGGCAUAUUUAUGGUUUUUUAAUUAUUUAUUUUAGUUCUUAGUGGGACAGGAUCUCUAGCAGCAUAUGGAAUCAGUUCAUCCAGCUAUUUAUCAAAGUUGCUAUGAUAUUACAGUUCUGUAUCAUUAUUAUUUCUCUCCACUGAAAGUUUUUUGCAGAUGGUAGUUAACAGUCAUUUACUUAUAUUUUGCCAUAAGAAAUGCUGAUUUCAUAUUGAGAUUGACAUUGAAAGAGUUACUCAUUCAUUUGCGUAUCGGAAUUUGAUGGACAGAUGAAGAUCCUUUGUUUUAUGUACAUCACUGUCUCAUUCGUCAUGCCAUCUCUGGUUUUUAUGAUUCUUGCUGCGAGUUCAGUCUUCAAUUUCAUCUAUACUAUUUUGGCCUAAAGAGUUGUUGCGUGUUCAAGUUUCCAUCUUUGGCUUUAUGAUAAUAUUCUCCCACAGAAAUGUAUUUACAAGAUGUUUUGAUGACAAAUAUCCUUUGCAAUGGCACGAGACAUAAUUAGAUUAAGAAGUUGAAUUUCUCCAUAUGUACAAAAGUUGCAACGACUGUUAACGCUUAUCCCCUUAUUGCAGGAAUCUCACAAUUGUCGUAUCUCUGGGGCAGUGUCCUUGUGUAACCCUUUCAAUUUGGUAAUUGCUGAUGAGGAUUUUCAUAAAGGAUUCAAUAAUGUGUAUGACAAAGCUCUGGCAGGAGCCCUACGCAGGAUUUUUAAGAAGUAUCCAUUCCGUCUCUAUGAUCUAUUGCGCAUUUCAUGCAUAUCCACUCGUGGUAGUUUUUCAUGUAUUGAUUCUCCUUCAGGCACUCUCUUCUCUUUGAGGAUAUGGGUGGUGAAUAUAAUAUCCCACUGGCAGCUAAUGCCCAGUCUGUUAGGGAUUUUGAUGAAGCGUUGACUCGUGGUAGGGAUUAAGCUGAAUGAGUCCGAAAAAUCCAGAACGAAUGUCAUUUCAAUUCGGUAAAAAUGUCUUCUUGUGAUUCGUUGCAGUCUCAUUUGGUUUCAAGUCCGUGGAUGAUUAUUACUUCAACUCGUCAAGUUCAGAUUCAAUAAAGGAUGUACGAACACCCCUUUUGUGCAUACAGGUAAUGCUCACAUGUUCAAGCUGUAAACUACAACAGCAACGUUUUUUCUCAGGUUUCAACCUUUAGAAGUUUAGUACCUUUCACUCUCUUUGUUUGUUGAACUAAUCAGUGUAGGGAUGCUACAAGAAAUAUUGUAUUGCAGCUAUCACUGUGAGUUCUUUAUAAAUAUUCUCUCUAAGAUUGUGUUGAACCUUGAUAUACUUAUCAAAGUAACAUAUUAUAAAUUUCUUGCAAUCAAUUGUGCUCAAUCUACUUAACAUUGCCUGUAGUUAUCUGGGAGAUUUCACAUUUCGGAUGAAAUCCCUUUCUCUCAUGGGUGCCGUGCACAUGGGGUUGAUGUCCUUGGAACAGACAUUUACUAUGGAUCAGUGGUAUGAUAAGAUACCACGAAGCAAGAAAAGAACAAAGAGUUUUUGUGGAAUUCAGUGAGAACAGGAGCAAGAAUGUCAAGAAAGGGACUCCGAAUUGGAAACCCCAAACACCAGUGCUAACCUUUUGAGAGGGUUAUCUCUCUCCCAUGUCCUUCCCCAAAGACAACCUCCCCCCCUCCUUUUUUUCCCUCAGGAAAUUUAGAUAUUAAACCCUAACAUGUGGGAUUUCGCCUUAUUACACCUCCUGGGAUAUGUGAUAUGGACUGGGGACCUUACAUGGUGUUACCUUCGUUUUAUAAACUGUAGUUAAACCAAAGGGCAUGGACUGGAAUAUAUGGUUUCGACCUAUGAGCGCCAAAUUUAUUAUGGAUACAUAAUUUUCAGUUUCCUGGAUAUUUCCUCAAUUGAAACCCACCUGGAAUGAGGCUUUAAAAACUCACAUCUUGAUUGUUUUGCAUGAAAUUUAUUCUCACAUCAUGCGUUUUUUUCCAAGGUCUCUAAAGCUUAAACGUGGAGUUUAUCUUAACAUGUUGUAACAUAGGAUGAAAAAACUUUCAUAUAUCGCUGCGUUUGUGUUAGUCUUGAUGAUUUUUGUAUAAUUUCAUCUCGGUGAUCAUUUGGUAAACCCUCGGAUGAUGGUGGUUGCCAUAUUAUCUUAUAUGUAUCAGUGAGAAAAGUCUUCAAGAUAUGAUGUCGAUACUCAAGUUUUACCCAUCAUGUGCAGGCUGCUAAUGACCCAAUUGCACCAUCAAGAGGCAUCCCUCGGGAUGAAAUCCAGGUAUAUUCUUGCCACCCGUAGUUAGCUCUGUAUUUUCUGGGUUUUAUCUCGUUUCCCUCCCGGAAUAUUAGUGCGUUAUGGGCAUUUACGCGACUUCUGUGAUUAAUUGCUAUAUAUUCUGAUUAUGGUGAAGUUUGUUCAUCAUUUAUUGAUAAAUAUGGUUCUGAACUAUGUAUUGAUUUCGAUUUUUGUUCGAAGGCAAACCCACACUGUCUCCUUAUAGUGACUCCACAAGGUGGCCACCUUGGGUGGCUGGCUGGCAGUGAGGCUCCAUUCGGAGCCCCUUGGACGGAUACAGUGGUCAUGGACUUCUUAGAGCUCCUACAUGCUGGAAAAACCAGGAUUCCAUUUGGGGUUUCUGAUCAGACCACAGUUGCAACCGGGGAUCUUAAUGUUGGUGGAGAUAUGAAAUCUCAUCCUCCUGUUGCAGUACCCGUACAAUAA